AUGGACGUUCGCCGGAGGACCACCGCGGCCGCCGCCCGUCCUCCUCCUCCUGCUGCUGCUGCUCCGGGAACGCCCACCACCUCCCGCGGGGGCGGGGUGCAGGCGUCGGACGCGCUGCCGCUCCCCAUCCGGCACACGAACCUCCUGUUCUCGGCGCUCUUCGCGGCGUCGCUCGCCUACCUGAUGCGGCGGUGGCGCGAGAAGAUCCGCUCCUCCACGCCGCUCCACGUGGUGGGCCUCGCCGAGAUCCUCGCCAUCUUCGGCCUCGUCGCCUCCCUCAUCUACCUCCUCAGCUUCUUCGGCAUCGCCUUCGUCCAGUCCAUCGUCUCCUCCAACGACGACGACGACGACUUCGUCCUCGCCUCGUCCGCCGCCAACACGGCCGCCGCCUCCUCCAACACGGGCGCCGCCGCCGCGGCCCCGUCCCCGCCCCCGUCGCCCUGCGCCCUCCUCGGCGCCGCCGACGUCGCUCCGGAGAGAAUGCCGGAGGAGGACGAGGAGAUCGUGGCCUCGGUCGUGGCGGGGAAGACCCCUUCGUACGCGCUGGAGGCGAGGCUCGGGGACUGCUUCCGCGCGGCGGGAAUCAGGCGGGAGGCGGUGAGGAGGGUGACGGGGAGGCGGUUGGAGGGCCUGCCGCUGGAAGGGUUCGACUACGCGUCCAUCCUGGGGCAGUGCUGCGAGCUGCCGGUGGGCUACGUGCAGCUCCCGGUUGGGGUGGCGGGCCCGCUGGUGCUGGACGGGAGGGAUCACUACAUACCCAUGGCCACCACGGAGGGCUGCUUGGUGGCCAGCACCAACCGCGGCUGCAAGGCCAUCGCCGAGUCCGGGGGGGCCGCCAGCGCCGUGCUCAGGGACGGGAUGACGCGGGCGCCCGCCCUGCGCUUGCCCUCCGCCGCCAGAGCCGCCCAGCUCAAGGCCUUCGUCGAGGACCCCGCCAAUUUCGACACUCUCGCCGUCGUCUUCAACAGGUCCAGCAGAUUUGCGAGGCUACAGGGAAUCCAAUGCGCGAUGGCCGGGAGGAACCUUUACAUGAGACUUAAUUGCAGCACAGGGGAUGCAAUGGGAAUGAACAUGGUCUCAAAGGGUGUUCAAAAUGUGCUGGACUAUCUGGAAACUGAUUUCCCCGACAUCGAUGCCAUCAGCAUCUCAGGUAACUUCUGUUCGGACAAGAAGCCAGCAGCCAUAAACUGGAUCGAGGGGCGCGGGAAGUCAGUGGUGUGCGAGGCGAUCAUCAAGGAGGAGGUUGUGAAGAAAGUGCUCAAGACGACUGUGCCCGCCCUCGUGGAGCUCAACACGAUAAAAAAUCUCGCAGGGUCCGCCGUCGCGGGAUCUCUCGGUGGGUUCAAUGCGCAUGCAAGCAACAUUGUUUCUGCCAUAUUUAUUGCCACUGGUCAAGACCCUGCACAAAAUGUGGAGAGCUCGCACUGCAUCACCAUGGUUGAGGCUGUGAACGAGCGCAAGGAUCUUCACAUCUCUGUCACCAUGCCUUCUAUUGAGGUGGGCACGGUUGGCGGGGGAACCCAGCUAGCGUCUCAGUCAGCCUGUUUGGACCUGCUUGGCGUGAAGGGCGCCAACAUGGAAUCGCCUGGGGCAAAUGCGCGGCUUCUAGCCACCAUUGUGGCCGGUGGUGUUCUGGCUGGGGAACUCUCCCUCUUGUCGGCCCUGGCCGCUGGCCAGCUUGUGAAGAGCCACAUGAAGUACAAUAGAUCCAGCAAGGAUAUCACAAAAGCUGUUGCUUGAAGAUACACCCCUCCUGUAGAUGGUUCCUCCCAUGAAGAACAAGCUAAAAGAAUGUGUGGGAGAAGCCGGAGGAGAGAGGUAGGGAGAGAGAAAGUAAAAGGUGGCCCUGUUAGGUAGAUCAAGAGCUAAUCUUAUCAAGAGGUGAAUCUUUAGGGUAAAAUGGAUGAUAAUCCCUGCGCUCUUGCUAUAUUAUGAAUCGGUCCUAUAGCUUUUCACUUUAACCAUUUAUUAGUGUCCAACUUUUCCAUGUCUUGCAUUUGUGUCCUUGACCAUGGUUACCGUCGGACCUCAUUAGCACCGAUUAGUCAUAAUGUGGUUCUGCACGUGACCAUUUUGCAGAAAAAGGACCAUUCCAACCUUUCUCUUGCCAAGUAAAUUUCUCCUUUGGUAACCUUAUUAAAAUGGUCAUCUUAGCUUUUUGAGGUCAAUGCAGGUCAAAAUGUGAUUGCAAAUCAUACCCCAAAAAAAAAUAAUAAAUUAGGAACUAAGUGGUUGAGGUUC